AUGGAUACUAGUAGCAUGACCAUGGAUAACGAUUCCUCAACUCCGCCCUCAGAGGACGUGAAGACAGCUUUCUCGACUUUGCCAGCAGGAGACAAGACCGCUUCCACAGUGUCUCCUCCGCACUCCAAUGCUUCGUCCCGACAUGCCGAAUUGCAGAGUCAAGUAAACGACGUGGAAGCGACAGCUACCAUGCCUUCAAACGACCCGGGAAAAUUUCCAGCAGAUGCUUUUUCAGUGCCGCGCCAGAUCCUUUUCGUCGGAACCAUAUGCACGGCCAUGUUCACCAAUCAAUGCGGAAUGGGAAACACGAUAGCAAUUGUCAGCGUCAUAGGCGAGACCUUUGGCAUCUCCUCCAAAGAUUCAGGACAUUUGUCGUGGCUUGUGGCCGGCUACAGUCUGACAAUCGGCACCUUUAUUCUCGUCGGAGGUCGACUCGGCGAUGAGAUUGGCCACAAGCGGCUGUUUGUCGCCGGCAUGUUUUGGUAUGCGCUGUGGAGCUUGGUGGCUGGUCUUUCUGUUUAUGCGGCGAAUGACAGUGGGUACAUUCUUUUUGUCUGUUCCCGUGUCUUCCAAGGCAUGGGUCCUGCGUUGACGCUGCCCAAUGGUCUGGCCAUUCUGGGCCGCUCCUACUCGCCCGGCCCGCACAAGAACAUGGCAUUUGCAUGGUUUGGGGCGUCCGCUCCCUUUGGUGCCGUUGCUGGGUUCGUCUUCGGCGGUCUUUUUGCUUCCGUGUCUUGGUGGCCAUGGACGUACUGGAGCCAAAGUAUUGCCCUCGUCUGCGUGGCUGGUUUCGCUGCAUGGGCCAUCCCACACGUUUCACAGGACGAGGCCGGGCGGGAAAGGAAGCCAUGGACAGUACGCAAAUUGGUGGCUACUUUCGACGUUUUUGGAAUGGUCACUGGCGUUGCGGCUCUCGUACUCGUCAACUUUGCCUGGAACCAGGCCGUCGUCGUUGGCUGGCAGCAGGCGUACGUGUAUGUCUGUCUUAUCCUCGGCUUCCUGUCCGGUGCCGCAUUCUUUUAUAUUGAACUGUCUUCCUGGAACUCUGCGCCUAUCUUGCCCCUUUCGGCUUUCAACACAGAUAUUGCCUUCGUGUUUGCGUGCACCGCAACCGGUUGGGGGUCUUUUGGUGUUUGGCUGUUUUAUGUCAUCCAGGUCGCCAUCGAUAUCGGGGGCACCACGCCACUGCAGAUCGCCGCGUGGAUUAUUCCAAUCAUACCCGUAGGUCUCACUUCGGCCCUCGCUGUAGGAAAGCUGCUCGGCCGCGUACACGCGUCAAACAUUAUGCUCGUGGGCCAGACUGUCUACGUAAUUGGAACUGCCUUAGGCGCAGCCCGCCCACCGCACUCCAUCUACUGGACCUACUUUUUCUUCUCGGUCUUUGCCAUGACCAUCGGCCUCGACACAUCGUUUCCUUCGGCCACGGUCAUCUUUUCUGACGCAGUGCCACGAGAGUACCAAGGUAUGGGUGCGAGUAUUAUUGUCACCGUUAUCAACUACAGUAUUUCACUCUGUCUUGGAUUUGCCGGUACUAUCGAAUCGAACAUCAACAAUGGUGGUCUUACAGAUAUUGACAAACUCCACGGCUACCGUGGCGCUCUUUGGUUCGCUGUCGGUCUUUCUAGUCUGGGCUUUGCGUUGAGUGUUAUAUACACUGUUAUACAACCCGGUAAAACUCGCCGACUCGUCACCAACCCCGACCUUACCUUAGGGACAUCAAGUCAUACAAACGGCAAUAAAUAG